AUGGACGUGGAUGUUGAUCGAGAGACGAUGAGUGGUGUUAAAAACUCUGAUAUACCAGCUGGAGCCACUUGUCGUAUCUGUCGUGGAGAUGCAACUGAGGACAACCCAUUGUUUCAUCCCUGCAAGUGUAAAGGGUCCAUUAAGUAUAUUCAUGAGUCUUGCUUGAUGGAAUGGAUUUCUUCAAAAAAUGUGGAUAUCAGUAAACCAGGUACAACUGCCAACUGUGAUAUUUGCCACUAUCCUAUAAAUUUUAGUACCACAUAUGCGGAAAAUAUGCCUGAUCGGAUACCUGUUUCUUUGUUGGUGAAGAGAAGUUUGAUAUCAUGUUUUCAUUUUGUCAAGGAUGGAUUAACCUUGAAUUUAGCCGCAGUGCUAUUCCUUAUUGGUAUCCCUUUGACAUGGAAUUUCUUUGGGAAGCUUUAUACUAUGAUCCUGGAUGGCGAAUUACCUUAUAAGGGAGAUUUCCACAAGAGUAUGGCAUAUGGUUAUAGAGAUGAUAUCUCUGAAGGUACUAGUUUACUCCUACAGUACACUUUAAAUUUCCGAUUUUCUAUCCUACAAAUAGUGAUGGUGGUUAUUCUUCACAUCAGUCUCUAUUUCCAGUACGACAUGAUUGUUAGAGAGAGCGUAAUGAGUAAGAUGAUCUUUCACAAGAUUGGUCCCCAAUACACGAAAGAGGAACUGAUUAAGAUACAGUUGAAGGAGAGAUUUCCAAUGAUGGAUAAUCAGACUAUCGAACAUGUUGCAAGAUUGAUGAAGGCAAGAGACGAGGCUGGAGAUGCGGCUGACACUCAUGAUGAUUCCACUGCAGAUUUAGGUGCCGAACAGAACGAGGAAAGCGAUGAGGACGACGAGCCACCAAAUACUGGUGAUUCGACGGGUCAGGAAAACUCGACCCAUGAAACUACCGAUAUGGAUUCUAGUGGGGAUGAACUUGAAGAAGAACGCCAAGACGAACUGGUUGACGAUACGUUGUCCGAAGAUGAAAUCGACGUACCAAUUCAAAGGCCAUUUGAUGCUUUUAUGCAUCGCAGAGCUCAAAAUGAGUUUGAUGAGUUACUCGAUAGACAGAACGAACAGGCAAAUGAUCAAGCAGUUCCUAUUUUAGAUGGGGGGAGAAACGAGGAAGAAGAUGCUGAGGGUCCUAUGGUUGAGGGUGCUGGUGAAGAUGACAUGAUUCAACAGGCGCCACCCCCUAUUGUAAUUAAUUUGAAACUGAAAUUGAUUAAUGUUUUAGCUUACUAUAUUGUGGCCGAGGUAUUGGUUGCCGUUUAUCUAGCAGUUGCUUAUUUGUUACCCACUGUUGUCGGAUACGGUUUGAUCAAAGUUGCUAUUCUGUUCGGCACAAUUGUCCAACGUGGAAUGGUUCGCUUGUACUAUAUUCUUCAGUUGUUCAAGAUCUAUCAUCUGGCACUUGAGAAUGUUCCUUAUUUUGAGCCACUAUGUGGGUGGAUGUCAAAAAAUGUGGUUAGCAUCUGGAUUUACUAUUAUGAUGGGUACGUGAACAACACUCUGAAAUCAUCUAUCGUUACACGGAGUCUACCUGCACUGGUAACGUAUAUUGCCACCAUUUCCAUCAUAAGCGUCUCAUCUGAGUUACUAUGCAAGGGUUAUGGACGUGAAAAUGGUGUGAGAAACCGCACCAAGAGAUUUAUCUUUCAAAUUUUGUUCGCCAUCAAGUGUACCUUUAAGGUUUUUACGCUGUUUUUCAUCGAACUUGCUGGCUUCCCCGUCCUGGCGGGAUUGAUGUUGGAUUACUCCAUCUUUUCUCCAUUGUUGAGUCCAGGUAAAAUGCUUUGGGCUCCACAGAUUUGCACAGUUUGGCCACCACUAAUCUUUUUCACAUAUUGGACUAUCGGAACCUUAUACAUGUAUUGGUUCGCCAAAUAUAUCGGUAUGAUCAGGCAACACAUUAUCAGACCGGGUGUGCUAUUUUUCAUUAGAUCUCCUGAUGAUCCUAAUAUCAAGAUCUUGCAUGAUAGUUUGAUUCAUCCAAUGAGUAUACAAGUUUCCAGGCUGUGUCUAUCAAUGUUCAUCUAUGCCGUUUUCAUCAUUGUAGGUUUUGGAUUCCACACUAGGUUUUUAUUCCCAGUUCUACUGAAGUCGAAGUUGCUGACAACCAACAAUUGCAUCGAGCAUCCUCAAUUAAUAUAUGUUGCGCUCUUCUACAUCACAAAACAAAUUGUCGAGUCUAAGCCAAGUGUCAAGUUAUACAUAAGGAAGUAUUGGGAACGCGCGUUUGAUGUGUCGGCCCGAAAACUUCGCCUAUCAUCUUUCAUUUUAGGUCAUGAUAUACCCACAGAGAGAGGUCACAUACUCUAUAGAAACUUCUUCUACCGAUUUUUCGCUAAGAAGAGUGCAGAAUGGUCUAAUCCUCAACUUUUUACAAUGCCAAAGACCUUAGAUCAAGCAAAGACGUUAUUCCGUGAGGAUCCCAACAUUCAUGCAUAUUUCAUUCCAGAUGGUAUCCUGAUGCGUGUACCUUCAUCCGACAUCGUUUCGAGGAACUACGUACAAACCUUAUUUGUUCCUGUCACUAAGGAUGAUAAAUUACUGAGACCAUUGGAUCUGGAAGUUAUAAAAGCAAGAAAUCAACGGAAUGCUGGCGAUUUUGGAUACCUUGACGAACAAAACACAGAAUUUGAUGCUUACUCCAUAGUUUACACGCCUCCAAACUUCCGAAUGAGAUACAUGUCACUCUUGGUGUUCGUAUGGCUUUUCGCGUCGUUGAUGGUAUUGCUGACUGCCCUUCUUUGUCAAUACUCUGUUGCAACGCUGCUUGCUUUUAUUUUACUGCCCGCUACGUCGUUGCUCUCUAAAUCCGAUUCCACAUACCGUACCUCGAAGCUUUUCAUUAAGACUAAAUUCCAACAAUUAGAUCUCUUUUUCGUUUGUGCUGGAGCCAUUGUUUUGUCCAUUGCGCUUGAAAGAUAUCAUGCAUACAAGAUAUCCAGAAUUGUUCUCUCUGAUCAUAUAGUUCCCGUGGUCAACGAAGAUACGAAUGAACCUGAGCUCAAUGCAAACAAUAAUGUUCGGUUAGAAGCCCGUCCCGCACAAGACAUUCGGAACGUUCUGCGAAACAUUUUGAAUCAUGGAGAAGCAAAGUUCUUUAUUUUCUUGAUCGGUAUGUUAUCGGUUGUGUUCGUUCGCCACGUCGCACUACUUGUCAAUUUACGCUCUUUGAGAUAUUUUGGAUUGGGUUAUAUCUCUCGCAAAUAUUUCAAAGACUUUGAAAUAUCCAUUUCACCUACCCAUUUAUUUGAAGCAGAUUUCGAGGAAUUGACGUUUUUGCUACUGCAAAAUCUAUCGACUUUCUACAUCGGUAGAAAGUUUGCAAAUAAUAGACAUCGUCCUUUGUCUGCAUGGUUUAAGCUGAUAUCUGGGGAUUUACUCGGUCAACUUUCAUUCAUUUUAUACACAACGAUACCAUUAGUGAUCUCUUGGUUCACUUUCACCUCUUUGGAAUACUUUUUGCAUUCUGACCGCUAUACAUCCUUCAGCGCCGUCGUCAAAUUCUUAUGGCAUUACAGAUUAUCACCGCAAUCAAACGACAUUCCAUGGACAAUACCUCAGCAUUUGUGUUUUUCAUCGCUUUACGUUAUCAUGAGCAGCUAUAUAGUGUGGAAGUGUGCAUUUGCAGCUAAAAAAUGGUUUGGUGUCGCAAUACAGAAUGUGAAGGAUGAAGUAUAUGCCAAAGGUAGAUCUUUACAAAACUUCUCAGGAGGUGAUGAUUGA